AAGUUCCUUUUUGCUUCAAACUAUUUUCGCUUUUAAUUGCUAUCCCUGUGCCGUGGCCAAGGAAAGUUCCAGCGGAACGCUUGAAGGGCAUCCAGCAGCGGCAGUCAGUGGAAAGAAAGUGGCCCAAACAAGCCUGGAAAUUGUGUUUUUGCCUUGGCGAACUUUGAGCUGCUGUCAAUUUCUUUUCUCUCUGUGUGUGUGAAAGUUGUUGUCUGUUUUAUCUGUGGACCAAAAGUAUGAAUCCGAAUAUGUACGGGCCGCCGCCUACGCAAUUCCAGCCACAGCAGCAGCCACAAUAUGCAGCAGCACCGCCGCCAGUGGGUGCGGGAGGUGCACCUGCUGGUUGGCCCCCUCAACAGCAGCAGCAGCCGCAACAACAGCAACAACCACAGUAUGGAGCUCCACCCCCAACGUCGGCACCACAGACGUACCUCAAUGGCAACUAUCAGCAGCAGCUGGCCACGUCGAUGGGCGGCCUUAAUGUGGGUGGUGGUGGGGUGCCUGCGCCGCCUCUGAAGGCUGCCCAGCAGCAGGCCCCUCCCGCCGGUCAGGGUGCACAGCCGCCGCCGCCAACGGGUUUCAAUCAAUUCAAUUCGAAUGCGUCUCUGCCUCCGACCAACAAUAAUAAUGCUUUUGCUGCGCCGCCGCCUGCCAGUGGAGGAGGAGCAGGCUAUGCCAAUGGACCAACAACCGGUGCUCCUCCACCGGGUACCAAUACCCCGCAGAGCGUGGCCAGUGGCAUCAAUCAGAUGAGCCUGAACAGCGGCCAUUUGUCCGGAUUGCCCCAUAUGCCGCCGCCCAAGUCAGCUACGCCCCAAUCCGCAGGAGGAGCUGCGCCGCCGCCAUCCCUGGGAGCGCCAGGAGCUCAACCAGCUGGAGGACCCUUUGGUGUGAGCACCUCAAGACCCGGCCAGCCUCUGUUGCCGCCGGGAGCAGGUGCCCCGCCAACAUAUACGCAAGCAGGAUUGCCACCUCAGUCGCAGACGGGAUUGCCGCCCAUGCAGCAGGCCGGUUUGCCACAGCAGUCGGGUCUGCCGCCCAUGCAGCAACCGGGAUUGCCACCGCAGUCUCAGGCAGGUCUGCCGCCGCCACUGCAGCAACCUGGAUUGCCGUCGCAACCGCAGCCAGGAGCAUCCUUUGGGUCACCACAGCAGCAGCAACCAGGAGCAUCCUUUGGGGCACCACAGCAGCAGCAACCAGGAACGUCCUUUGGGGCACCCCAGCAGCAACCAGUAGCACCACAGCCGGGUGGAUUCCCAGGCAGCUAUCCAGGCGGUCCACCACCGCUUCCCGGUCAACAAUCAGCGGUACCUCCACAAUUUGGAGCUCCACAAACUGGUGGAUAUCCUGGACAGCAGCAGCCAGGAUAUCCUCCACAGCCUGGACAACAGCCAGCAGCACCAGGAUAUCCUCCGCAGCCUGGCUACCCUCCACAGCCCGGACAGCAGCCUGGAGCCCUGGGAUAUCCCCCACAACCCGGACAGCAGUCCAUGCCGGGCUAUCCCCCGCAGCCUGGACAACAGCCUGGAGCGCCAGGAUACCCACCGCAACCAGGCGGCUAUCCAGGGCAGCCAGGACAGCAGCAACGUCCUGGCUUUAAUCAACCUCCGAUGCCUGGAGCUGGCAACAUGUACCAACAGGCACCGCAGCAACGCCGUCUGGAUCCCGACCAAAUGCCGAAUCCCAUUCAAGUGAUGAUUGAGAACCAGAGGCUAGCCGGUGGGCCGUUCGUCACCAAUCAGCCGGGUCUGCUGCCGCCGCUGGUGACGACCAAAUUUGUGGUGCACGAUCAGGGCAAUUCGUCGCCGAGAUACUUGCGCUCAUCGCUGUACUGCAUCCCCAAUACGGGUGACAUACUGAAGACCACGGCUCUGCCCUUGACGCUGAACAUCUCGCCGCUGGCACGCAUUGCAAAGGGAGAGCUGGAGCCGCCGAUUGUGAACUUUGGCGAUAUGGGACCCAUUCGCUGCAAUCGCUGCAAGGCAUACAUGUCGCCCAAUAUGCAGUUUGUGGAUGCAGGACGCCGUUUCCAGUGUCUGAUGUGCAAGGUUUCAUCGGAGGUCCAUCCCGAUUACUAUCAGCAUUUGGAUCACACAGGACAGCGUGUGGAUAAGCAUGAAAGACCUGAACUGCUGCUGGGAACCUACGAAUUUCUGGCCACCAAGGAUUACUGUCGUAACAAUGUCCAGCCAGAGGUGCCUGCAUUUAUCUUCAUCAUUGAUGUGUCCUACAAUACAGUCAAAUCGGGCUUGGUCCAUCUGCUGUGCGCCCAAAUCAAGAACAUACUCAAGCACCUGCCGGUGGAUCAGGGUCAGGAUAAGUCCAAGGUGCGCGUGGGUUUCAUCACCUACAACAGCACCGUGCACUUCUACAACAUCAAGAGCAACCUCGCCCAGCCCCAGAUGAUGGUGGUGGGGGAUGUCCAGGAGAUGUUUAUGCCGCUAUUGGAUGGCUUCCUCUGCCAUCCAGAGGAAUCUGCAGCCGUCAUUGAUGCUCUGAUGGAGGAGAUACCGCGCAUGUUUGCAGACACCAAGGAAACUGAAACAAUUCUCUAUCCGGCCAUUCAAGCGGGUCUGGAGGCCCUCAAAGCCUCCAAUGCGGCGGGCAAGCUGCUUGUGUUCAACUCCACCCUGCCCAUUGCCGAGGCACCGGGAAAACUAAAGAAUCGCGAUGACCGGAAGCUCCUGGGCACCGACAAAGAGAAGACUGUGCUGACGCCACAGACCACGGCGUACAAUACGCUCGGGCAGGAGUGCGUGCAGCAGGGCUGCUCGGUGGAUUUGUUUGUCUUUAAUAAUGCGUACAUCGACAUUGCCACCAUUGGACAGGUGGCCCGCCUGACGGGAGGGGAGGUGUACAAGUACACCUACUUCCAGGCGGAUGUGGAUGGCCAGCGUUUGAUCGAGGACAUAAUCAAGAACGUCUCGCGACCGAUUGCCUUUGAUGCGGUAAUGCGUGUGAGGACAUCGGCGGGCAUACGACCCACAGAGUUCUUUGGACACUUUUACAUGUCCAAUACAACGGAUGUGGAACUGGCCAGUAUUGAUGCCACCAAGUCUGUGAGCAUUGAGAUCAAACACGAUGACAAGCUGCCGCCAGAGGAGAACGUCUAUGUGCAGGUGGCCCUGCUGUAUACCUCGUGCAGUGGCCAGCGUCGUCUGCGUGUCCUUAAUCUCGCUCUGCGCGUGACCACCACCAUUGCGGAUGUAUUCAAGAGCUGCGAUCUGGAUGCCAUUAUGCUGUUCUUUGCGAAGCAGGCCUGCUUCAAGCUAAUGGAGCACACACCCAAACAGGUCAAGGAUAACCUAAUCCAUCGUUCGGCACAGAUUUUGGCCUGCUAUCGCAAGCACUGCACUUCGCCCACAUCCGCGGGACAAUUGAUCCUGCCCGAGUGCCUCAAGCUGUUGCCGCUGUAUGCCUCGUGCCUGCUCAAGAACGAUGCGAUAUCGGGUGGCUCUGACAUGACGCUGGACGAUCGCUCGUUUGUCAUUCAGUUUGUGCUCUCGAUGGAUCUGAAUAUGUCUGUGAACUAUCUGUAUCCCAGAUUCAUUCCCAUACACAAUGUCAGUGCAGAGGAGACGGAGCUGCCGACACCAGUGCGCUGCACGCACGAGAAGAUCACAGAGGAUGGCGCCUAUAUACUGGAGAACGGUGUGCAUUUGUUCAUUUGGCUGGGUCAGUCGCUGUCCCAGAACUUUGUGCAGUCCGUGUUUGGAGUCCAGGGACUGCAGCAGUUGGCUCUCGAGAGGUUCAACAUUACAGCGGAGACGCCACUGGCGCGGCGCAUCACUGAUAUUCUCGAGCAAAUUAUGCAGGAACGCUCACGCUAUAUGAGGAUCACUUGGCUGCGACAGAACGACAAACUGGAGAGCGUGUUCCGGCAUUUCCUCAUCGAGGAUCGGGGCACUGAUGGCUCUGCCAGCUAUGUGGAUUUCCUCUGUCACAUGCACAAGGAGAUCAAGGAUCUGUUAAGUUAGCACGUAGGCUACACAUACAAGCUGCCCGCCGCAGCGGCCUCCUCCAGCGGUGGACGGGACUGGUCCGAUAGCUACUCCCAGAAUCGGGCACGUAUGCGACGGCUAUCGUCCAUGCGCAGUCGCUUUGGCAAGUGAGGAGGAGUAUAUGGAGUAUGUGCGUGGCAUGCGGCAUGUGGCCUCGUGUGGAGUGAAGCAGGAGCUGGAACUUCAAUUAUAUCUACAUAUAAAUACAUAUACAUCUAUAAAUAUAUUUAAUUAAUUGCUAUCAUUUCGAGCGUAUCAAA